AUGGUGUAUAUUAGUUCUUUAUGGCAUCUACUGUUGGUGCAUUGUAUUUAUGAGCUGUGCGCAUAUGCAGCAGUAGCGAUUACGAAACCACCGAUUCUAACGCAAUGGGACAGUAGCGAUGAGUUGCAUCUAGCUGAAGGUGAUCCGCUCACGUUGCGAUGUCCGAUUAAGUCGAGUGGAGCCGACAGUUUUCGGUGGUUUAAGGAUGGUAAACCAUUGAAAGAAGCAUCAAAUAAUUCACAACUUUAUAUUCCUUUCUUAACCGCAAACCAUACCGCUGCGUAUCGAUGCUUUACACAAAACCAAUACGGCGCUGUUAUUUCAUCACCGGUCUUAGUUUACGUUUUGUAUAUCAAUGGAUUCUUACUGGAUGAAGAUGAUGAGGUUAGAGUGGGCUCAGGUAAUGCAUUUAUUUUACGAGCGCCGCCUCUGAACGCAAGCUCUCACCUGAACCUCUCGUGGAAAUGGUUUUUUGAAGAUGCUGAGAUAGUCAUCAACUAUACGCACUAUAUCACUUCACAAGGAGAUUUAUUGGUCACAGAUUCCACAUCUCGAUUUGGCGCUUAUAGAUGUCUUGUAUCAGCCAAUGGUCACACAUUUAACUCACCAGUACAAUACGUCUUGCAGGGUGAACGAUUCAACGAGCGAUCUACUGCAGGGGAGUUUUCGUCGAGUUUUGGUAUAAUAUAUUCUCCUUUGGAUGCAACUUACCGGGUUGGAGACUCGAAAAGUGUUGAUUUCGACUGUGUUCCAAGCCGAUGGGAUAACGAUGUAUCAAUAGAAUGGCAGUUGAACGGUGUAUCCCUGGAAGAAGAUAACGAUAAUAUCAAAUUAAGCAACGGUCGACGAAAGCUUUCAAUUGAAUCACCUCAUUUGAUAGCACAAAAUGAUAACGCACUUAUCACAUGCACAGCAAUCGAUCACCUAUCACAACAGACUGAUUCGGUUGAUGCUCAAUUACAUAUUAUCAGACGGCCGGUAAUAGAUCGAAGUGCAUUCCGUCGAAAAGUAUCGCAGUCAGAAGGGCAUGCGAUAAAGUUGCCGUGUUCGGUAGUUGGUGUACCUGAACCAACAGUUCACUGGUACCGUAACGGUGUAUUGUUGAGUGAUAACUCAUCAACAUUAGUGAUUCCAUCGUCAAACGAUCAAGUGUCGAGUGUUUAUGAAUGUGAAGCACAAAAUGAAGCCGGUUUUGAUAUUGCAUCGGUUUGGGUCACCAAAAUCGCAAACGAUUUCAUGGCAGAUGAUUCAUCUGUAAGUUCACUGAGGACAACAUCAUCGCUGGCGCCUCUUAUUGUCAAUGGGCCGUCAAACCAAUCGGUGAAUUCAGGUGAUGAAGUGACGCUAGUGUGCAAGGCUUCCGGCCAUCCUAUACCAUCUGUUGUAUGGAAGCAUAACGGUAGUGCUCAUUGCUCACAACUCUUGACGAAUACGAAAUAUACGAUCGAUGAUCAUUCGCUACGAAUACUCUCGUUGACACCAUCAGAUUCUGGAGAGUAUUCGUGCACUGCAUCCAAUGAAAAUGGCAACGAUCGCGCAUCUGCAUUCGUUUCUGUUAUUGGAUUGGAUCUGAUCGAAUUUGGACCCACGAAUCAAAGCAUUCUUAUUGGAAGUAAUAUUAUUAUGCCAUGUAGUAUUAAUCGGAAAUAUGGAUCAAAUGAUGGAUUGGUUGCAUCCUGGAAAUGGAAUCAUCGUCUAUUGUUCGUUUUGAUAAUUUAUGAAGUGUUUUCGUUUGUUUCGUAUCCGAAAGCGUCAAGAUUUGGUCUUCGCCUCAAUCUGUUCGCUUCUUUCAUUUGCAGUUGCUAA